UUGAGUCGAUCGUGUGCCGCAGUCGUUCUCCAGCUAACGAGCGAGCGAGGUUGUGAAGUGUUUUUUUGCGUCCGUGUUCCAUUCGCGAGUUCGAAGUCGUUCCCGAUUUCCGCGUCGAUCGUCGUUCGCGUGUCGCUUGAUCAAUCGGCAUGGAAAUGAAUCUGCUGCGGUGCUACCGUUGAACGAACUCUCAUGGAAAAGCAGGCAAAAUCAGCGGUCGGUAUGAUGCAGGAGAUCACGGACCAGUCCUCCAGGACUGUGCUCCUGAACACGUUCGUGGUGAAGAAGAAACGAUGCAGAGUUUACUUUCAUCGUGGCACUCUCAUCUGGGAAACGGAGAAGCCCCCGUACACAAGAUGGACGCUGCCGAUGACCGACGUACUCGCUGUUCGUUAUGGGGACGACUGGAUACAGGAGGUGAACGUGAAGGAGAAACAGCCGCCAACGUCGCCCACCUCGCCAACCGUCUGCCCGACGAAUUUCAUUCUCCACUACGCUGUGCCAGGACCGAAGAACAAAUGGAGCCACCACAGCGUGACCAUGAGCCACACCGAUCCUAGGCAAGUCGCAUCCUGGGUCAAGACCAUCCGGAAUUACCUCAUGGGGUUGGCCCAUCGUCCUAGAAAGAUUUUGUUGUUCGUCAAUCCGUUUGGAGGUAAGAAGAAGGGAUUGAAGAUCUGGGAGAAGGACGUGCAGCCUCUGAUGACCAUCGCUGGCAUCGAUACGAAGAUGCUAGUUACGGAGAGGAUUGGCCACGCUCGUGACACCCUGCUGACCGCUGAUUUGAGCGACUUUCAUGCGGUAGUGUGCAUCGGCGGAGACGGCACUCUCGCGGAAGUGAUCAACGGCCUGGUACUGAGAGCCUCGAGGGACCGACAAAUCGACCCGAACAACCCGGAGGCGGAUCUACCGACUCCGAGACUUCCGAUCGGUGUGAUACCCAGCGGAAGCACCGACACGGUGGCGUACAGCCUUCACGGUACCACCGACGUGCAAACAGCGGCGAUACAUAUCAUUUUUGGUGACAACACCGGCCUCGACAUCUCCUCCGUGCACAGCGAUCGCAGGCUGCUCAGGCUGUACGCCAGCAUGCUCAGUUACGGCUACCUGGGCGACGUGAUACGGGACAGUGAAAAGUUUCGCUGGAUGGGACCUCAGAGAUACGAUUACUCGGGUUUCAAGAAAAUCGUCGCGAACAAAGGUUACGAGGGAGAGAUUCACCUUCUGUCGGACCCUUGCCAUCCAGCGACUAGCACGAGGUGUAUAAAAAAUUGCACCAGAUGUCUCCAGCAUAUGCACAACAGUAUUCCAGACAAGGAAAUAUCCAGAUGGUUGACCGUCAGAGGGAAAUUCUUCAUGGUGAACGGGGCGAAUCUCUCAUGUGGCUGCUCCAGGAGUCCCAUGGGCUUUAGUCCCCAUUGUCACGUCGGUGACGGUUGCGUGGAUGUGAUCCUAGUUCGACAUACCUCGUUCCUCAACAACAUUAGAAUGUUGUUGAGAUUGUCCAGCAAACAAAAGACUCUGUACGAUCUACCGUUUGUCGAGGUGUACAGAGCGAGGGAGUUUACGUUCCGCGCUCUGCCCACUCUGCACAUGCAGUCCAGUAACGAGAUCAGCAAUCGCUAUCUAAAAUCGAGCCUGAGCGUGUGGAACUGCGACGGCGAGGUGAUCGACAGCUCCAACGUGAAAAUCAGAUUCAAACGCGACGAUUUGUCGACAGAGUACACUGCCAACUAGUGAACGUAUUCACGAGACGAGCCCAAGAACCAGUCCAUGACCGGACCUGCUUCUGUUAGUGGCCAGUGGUGUCACCGAUCCUGUCUCACCGAUGCUUGGGAAACAAGAAAACGAUGAACGCCGCGGGACACACGAAUCGCAUAGUUCCUUCGACUUGCCCUAACGUAAUCAUUAUCGUGAUUACACAACCGCGAGCAGCUGUUCCGCGCGACGACGAUAUCUCUGCUUCGUUACCUUCGUCAUCUUCGUUCCACACCACCACGAAAAGUCAUUGGAAAAAAAAAGAAAUCAAAUGUCGAAAGGCGUUAUUUUAUUAAAUUUAUACUUCGAACUCCGGCUGAUUUGGAACCAGAGGCAAACGAGGACAUUUGUUAAAAAAUUGAUGACCCGUGGACGCUGCAAUUCGCAAGAUAUCGUCGUCGCUCGAAACGUCUGACCGCGAAUCUGUUCGAUAUUUCUUCGAACACAAACUCUGAAAAGCAUUGAGAAUCGCUCGUCGAACGUUCGUCGAGGACUCGAAGUACGCGGGGAUCCCUACGUUUGCACAUCGAUGUUUUCUUCCCCCGCCCCCUUUUUUUUUGGUUUCCCCUUCUUA